AUGUACCGAGUAUUAUUAAGCGGACCGGCUGGUAGCGGUAAGGGCACGAUUACCAAGAUGUUGGUUCGAGAAUUCGAGCCGUAUGGUUUCGCACAUUUCGCUGCCGGAGAACUUAUUCGUGAUCAUAUUGCUAGAGGAACAGAAUUCGGACUGCGCGCAAAAGCAUUCUUGAACAAAGGAGAGCAUGUGCCCGAUAGUUUAUUAAAUGGAGCAGUUUUAGCAGAAAUGAUCAAAGCUGGACCUAGAGUCAUUUUAGACGGAUAUCCAAGAAACUUGAAUCAAGUUAAGAUGGUUGAAGAACAGGCUCCACUUCAAUUAGUUGUUGAAUUGAAGGUUCCUCGAAAAGUUCUCAUUGAUCGUUUAUCGAAGCAAUUAGUGCAUCCAGCAUCAGGAAGAGCCUACAAUUUGGAAGUGAACCCACCUAGAGAAGAGGGAAAAGAUGAUUUGACUGGCGAGCCAUUAUUCAAAAGAAGCGAGGAUCAAUUAGAAGUGGCUAGAAGGAGAUUGGAGGUUUACGAUAAGACGGAGAACAAAGUUAUCGAGUAUUAUAAGAAGCAGAAUAAGUGCAUCACAUUGUCUGGAGAUUCAUCAAAUGCAGUUUUCGAAUCGGUAGCAGAUAUUAUUCGACGCGAUCUUCCCACCGAUUCGUCGGCGUCCGGAAGAACCGCGUUUGCCUAA